UGUUCAAACCAUUUGACCUUUGGAACUUGAAAACGUGUCUGCAUUGCGACAGCGAAGGAACACGGACACAAGAUAAGGCGCAAACACACAAAUUUUCGAAAGGAAAAAAAAAARAAGAAAUCCAACCACGUUCGGUGUCCUAGUCCCCUUGGUCCUUUCUCUUGGUAGAGUCUAGAUAAAUGCCAGAAAAAGCACUGAUUGGGAGACAGUAACUGCUUUAGUACUAAUUCAACGAGUUCUGCUCCGAGGGCAAUGGACGAAGAAAUUACCUUGCGAGCUCUUGCAUUUGAAACAGUCAUCACACCAAAUACAACCACCGGCUUAAGCCUUCUUCACAAGGCUUGUAUCCAUGACAACGCAGCUGUAAUUCAGUCCAUUAUUCUUGCUAGCCCAAGUAAGGUUGAUACUUUAAUAGCACUGUCAAUCCCUGUGAUGGCCAAUACUUCUAGAUACGCUGGCCUUAUUCCAACACAAGUUGUGCAAGAAGUUAAUAAAGGGAAUGUUUGUGAAGGGAUCAGAAUGAUCAUCGAAGUUUAUGAGAAGCUGACUAUCAAAUCCGAACCAAUGCACUACCAAGUUGCAAGAACUGGGAGAAUCAGGCACUUUAAAAAGCUACAGUUUCUAGGAUAUGACAUAAACCAAGCUUCUACUCAUAAAGAGAAUGCUGGAACGACCGUACUGAUGCAUGCUGCUGCUUCUAACACGAGGAAAGUGUUAGAGUAUCUCUUACAGGAGGGAGGCGACAUCCAUGCCAGAAACCACCAUGGCAACACCGCUCUACACCAUGCUGCAUCAACUGGGAAUAUAGAUACACUGCUAUUUCUGUUGGAAAGAGGGGCGAAUGUUAAUGAAGAGACAACAUGGGGUCGAACACCACUUCAUGUUGCUGCUAGAAAUGGACGUCUGAAUGCAGUCAGGACUUUAGUGGAUUGGGGUGCGGAUAUUUUUGCCAAGACUGUAAAUCAAGACACAGCAUUAAUCCUGGCUGCAGAGAAAGGGCAUCUUCAGGUCGUGGAGUAUCUCAUCGUCAAGGGAAGCCGUGUUAACGACUCUAACCUUGCUGGGUGUACCGCCAUGCACUUUGUCGCCAAACAAGGCCACCUUGGUGUCGCAAGACUUCUUAUCGACAAAGGCAGUAGCAUCAAUGCAACGAACAAGACUGAGCACCAGACACCACUGUUUAAUGCUUCUGAAAAGCCAGGCAAUCUUGAGAUGGUGCGAUUUCUGUUAAACGAAGGAAGCCAAACCAACCUAAGAGACAAACAUGGUAGAACACCUCUCCAUUUUGCAGGCGAUAGAGAUAUUGCAGAAUUGCUUGUGCAAUACAGGAGCGAUCCAGAGAGCAGAGACUAUUCCACAGGGUCCACGCCCAUCUUCCACGCUGCAGCAAAUGGCUACCCCGAUGUUGUGGAGUUUUUGAUCGAUCAAGGUUUUGACGCUGAGAGAACAAAGAACAUCACAGGAGAAAGCCCUCUUCAUGCUGGAGUCCGGAGUGGCCAUAAAAAUGUUGCUCUCCUACUUAUCAAAUACGGCUGCGAUGUUAACCUCAAGGCCAUGCUAGGCGGAGUCAGUCCACUCAUCCUAGCAGUGCUGGCAGGGAGUCUCGAUAUGAUUGAGUGUCUCAUAGAGAAAGGAGCUAUUGUGAAUGACACCGAUAACUGGUUGUCGACAUCAUUGCAUAAAGCCGUGGAAUGGAGCACAGAUGUUGAUAUUGUCACAAGUCUCCUGUCUCACGGAGCUAAUGUCAAUAUUAAAGACAGCCGUGGAGAAACUCCUUUGGAUGUUGCUAGGCGACUUGGAAAGGAGUAUUUAUUCCCGGAUGUUCUGGUGCAGCAAUGAUUUUCUGAUCUUGAAAAGGAAAACUUUUUGUAACCUGUUCUUAAUAUUCACAAAGACUCUAGUAGCGAAUGCUUUGCAUGAAAGUCUUGCCGAACUUUAUCCAGAGUCUAAAACCCGGGACAUUUGGUCUUUACAAACUUUACAAUCAGUUCUACCACUUUUGAAGGGUUCUAAGUGGCAGAAACAUUCAUUAGAAAGAUUUCAGCUUAUCGUAGUAUAGACCCUAUACUAUGUGAUGUCGAAGCAGCUCAAUUUGGAUGAAAAAACAAAAGGAUUUCAAUCUCAUAAGAAUUGCACACCUUUUGUUAUGUUCUCCAAAUUGAGCUGCAAGUUAGGGGAUCCACAAUCUAUUUCAUUUGUAAUACGUCAGAAGCAUUUUGCAACAUCACUGGCAACAUCUUUAGAACUUGUGGCAUAUUUAAUGCUUAACAAACUGUACCAUAAACUCUACACAUGAAAUUGCGAAAGGGUUUGCAAGAUAAUGCACUAUGGAUGGUAGAAACCAUGAAAAAACCUUGAACAUCAGAAGGUAAAGAAAUCGUACAAUUGUACGACACGUUUAAUCCUUAACAAACUGUAACAUAAACUCUACACAUGAAAUUGCGAAAAGAUUUGCAAGAUCACGCACGAUGUAUGGUAGAAACCAUAACAAAACGUUGAACAUCAGAAGGUAAAGAAAUUGUACCGCGAAAAAUAUGUUGGGACACUGUCUUGCGUAUCUUCUAUCCUAGUCGUUCAUGCUGAUGCUGCAGGACGAUGAUUUACAACAAUAUAUGAUGAUACUGCAUGAGAUGCCAGUAACAAGCCCUGAUCCAUUUUAAGUAUUUCAAUGGCCCGGCUUUGAUUUAUAAAUACCAUAUCCAAAGACAUUUACAAUGUCAAUACAUAUUCUAAUCUUCGCCCUCAGUAUCAUUUGGCCAUAAAUAUUAGUCGUUCAUCACUGGGCAACUGAUCAGACAAAAUCAAACCGUCACUGACCUUUGUCUAUGGUACAUAAACCAAAUAAGAAACGAGUUGCUACACUGAUAAAUGCUCGGCAGUUUUGAGUUUUUGACAAUUUCUCAACUAAAACGAAUUCUAAUCGAUUUAAAGUAUCUGCUUUUUAGCGAUUCUCCUCUGCUUAAUAGAUCUCAAUUUGACGUGUUCGUCUUGUUUGCCCGACAGUUUUUACGAUUUCAAAUUUACUGAUGAAUUCUGAUCGAUUUACUAAGUAACAUAUUAGACUUUUUUCCACCAUUCUAGUUUUUGUAGCCUGUGAACAAGGCUCUAAGUUUUUGAAAUAGCGGUAUACGAGGAUUUGAUAGUCAUUCAUAGACAGUUUUACUUAAGUUUCAGUCGUGAAAAUAUAGCGUACAUCAUAGGUAAAAGUCAACGCAUGUAAGACAUUAAUUUAAAUGAGUGAAAAUCUAUAUAUUUAAUAUGUGGUUUAAACCACGUUUUGGGAAAUUGUUAUUUUUGUACUAACUCUACUAGGCUUUGUCAUCAAUCUCGUUCCCAUCUCGUGAUGCUCUCCAAAAAGCCAAAAAAGUUGGGUCCGAGACCUGGUACGAAAUUGUUUUGACUGAGAAAAGAUUUUACUCUUAUAUUUAAGUAUGGGGUAUUCUGAAGAGGGGUGAAGAGGAUUGUUACAAAAGCCAUGUUAAAGUAAAGGCAUUAGGGCCGUGAAAUAAAAAUCUAGUCAACGUGUAAUAGUCGAAUACAGUCAAACCUCUAUUAAGCGGCCCUCUAUUUAGCGGUCACACCCUUAAGCGGUCGCUUAAUAAUUUCCCGAAAUUCGCUUUUCUUACUUUAUUUACUGUAAACUUGACCUCUAUUAAGCGGUCGACUGAUGUUUCCCCAGGGGUUACCGCUUGAUAGAGGUUCGACUGUAGACACAAAAGAAAACAAUGAAAUUAGGGUUUACUAAAGUGUGUUAGUCCAAUAUCUAUUUCAUGGGUUAAAUGACUUCACUCCAAUAGUUUUGCCAUAUACAGCUAACAUGGGUGCUGCGAAACCCUACAUUAAUGACUGGUCAUCGUUCAUUACUUAGAGUAAGGACUGAUUCCCAAUCUCGAAACAGGACCCCCACCCCCCUUAAAUUUUGCCUGCAUGAAUAAAGAGAAAAAAUGAAGGUGAAAUGUUUUUCCAUUUCGGACUACAGUAGUAAACUCCCUAGAGUAUCAUUUCUUUGUUAAGUCAAGGCACAUGAAUCCAUAUGUACACAGCUCAAAGAAUCUUAUUCUCAAGGGAAUGACGUGCUCUGAAAUGGGAAAACAUUAUGAACUAGCUAGAGGUGUACAUCACUUGGUCCCAAAUGUAACUUGCAUGAAAUUUGACCGCUCCAUCUAAGUAAUGAGUAGUUCAAAAUACAAUAGGACGUUUGCAUUAUGGCGUCAUUUGACUCCCACUACCAAGAUGCUUCGCGAAUUUUCUUUCUUGUUUAAAUUUGUAUUUCCUCAUGAGAAUAGUAAGACAAUUGGUACUAAUUAACUGAGGCAAAAGAAAGUGUGCAAGGAAGUCUGGUAGUAUGUAGAGGUCAAUGACGCCAUCGUGCAAACGUCCUAAUAGAGUGAAGGCAGUUAACCGGUGAAGUAAAAAAUAUUAGUCAAGGAGAAAUAGUCAAUCCCUUACAUUUAUUAUUUCCUAGAAGAACUGUUGCGAGGGAAAAAACAAUGGAUUUUUUUUUUUU